UGAAUAUAUUGGGGGUAUCAUAGGUAUAUCGUUACACGGCAGUAAAGCGUUCUAUCCGUGGUUUCAAGGCUGCCGGCGCCUCCUUGUGCCGCGUAACUGCCCGCCCGUCAACAAUGGCUCCGUUUCAGAGCCAACUCAACCCUCAAAAACUGCGUCCAUUUUUCUCUGCCUUGCGUUUCCUCUCAUCUAGCCUCUUCGGCCCCAUCUCACCCCUGUUUUUCUUUUUCUUUUCCUUCUCCAUCUGCACCUUUUCGAGCAUGCGGAUGAACUCGUCCACGGCGGCGUCAGUCGCAGCCCGCAAGUCCUUUCUCGGCAGCCUCUUGACAAUAUCUCUGGGAGUCUUAGCAACGCAGGUUAUCGUCCCUCGCAGAUCGCCGCGGAGGGUGGUGCCCAUUCCCGUCUCGCUCUUGGGAUCGAUUAGCCGUCCCUGGGCGUCAUAGCCCCGGUCCUUCAGGGCGGCGUGGAGCGCGAGCUUUAUGUGGUACUUGGCCAUGCUCCUGACGGCCGGCGUGUCGAUGGCAGUGAUACCGUAGAACCAAAGCCACAGCGGUUUGUUCUUCUUAUGCUCCUCAUAAUAGUGUCUCAUCAAAACCGACUUUGGAUGCUGAUACUUGGUCUCCAUAAAAUAGGCAGUAUCGUACACCCUCAUGACGUGUCGCUUCGACACCUUGAACCCGAUCAGGGGGCGCGCAGCAUCUAUAGCGGGUACAAGGCGUACCGUCUUUAGGUCGUUGGCGGGUAUCCCGAUAUCGAGCACGUCGAAGAUCUCCUUCCACUGCUGUGACAGUUGCGCCUUCUCGAGGUCGGCAAUGCUCCUAGGUUGAUCGAGGUCGGGCAUUUGGAGCGAUUCGGAGAUCGGAGCUGCGGUCUGCUCUACGACUUUGCGCUUUGAGCUGGAGUACCGGGCCGGGGAUGGUAGGAAAAUGCUGCGCAGCGGCAGCUGACGGAGGAUGCGAGUCACAUGUUGAAGUCGCACCGGGAUCAUCGCGAUGUUAUUGUUGGCGGUGGCCGGCGAGCAGUCAUACCUCGUCGGCAACGGACUGACAACAGGGGCCAGUAUCAAAGAUGUUGCAUCCUAGUUGCUGGAGUGAUAGGGGAGGAAGCUCUCCUGUACUGGCUUAGGUAAGGAUUCCUCGAGGCCCAAAUGCUUUGCAUCAGUUUUGUGGCUCAUGUCCCAUUUUGUUCAUUGGAUGACGCCAGCUAAGCCACACCUUUGUGCCCUUAGUACAUCAUCUCCGUUCACGACACCGCAUGUCACAUAAUCCUCCAGCCUCAUUCGCCCCUCAUACCAACCCACAUAAGCGUAGCAAAACGGGUCCCCCUGUUCCAUCCAUUAGAUCACUGCCCUGCACAGCAGAAGCCCAACGCCCAUUUUGCGCUCGCGCACAAUAAAGCCCCGUCAACAUCACCGCCCACUCUCCUUCUCUUCUCCCCUUCCCACUCCGACACUUCGUCUUCCACCACCCCCUCCUCCAUCAAAUACCGCUGAGAACCGGAAUUCUCACGAGUAGCCAAGAUGCCCAAGAACAAGGGAAAGGGAGGAAAGAACCGCAGACGUGGCAAGAACGAGUCCGACCACGAGAAGCGUGAACUCACCUUCAAGGAAGAUGGCCAAGAAUACGCUCAGGUCGUAAAGAUGCUUGGCAACGGCCGCCUCGAGGCCCAGUGCUUUGACGGCGUUAAGCGCCUCGCGAACAUCCGUGGCAAGCUUCGCAAGAAGGUCUGGAUCAACCAGGGCGACAUCAUCUUGCUGUCCCUGCGCGAGUACCAGGACGACAAGGGCGACGUCAUCCUCAAGUACACCGCCGACGAGGCUCGCUCUCUCAAGGCUUACGGCGAGCUGCCCGAGUCCGCAAAGAUCAACGAGACGGACACGUACGGUGCCGAUGGAGACGGCGACUGCAACUUCGAGUUCGACGACGACCGCGAUUCGGAGGAGUCUGGAGAUGAGGCCGCUGGUGGUGCCGGUGGCAAGAAGGACGUCGAUAUCGACGACAUUUAAACCGUGUCGUCUUCAUUGUCACUCGUCCUUUCCUCCAUCUCUCGCGUCUGUGUCGAGAAAGCCCCGAAACCUUCCCAUUCCUCAUCACACCGUCUUCUGUUGCAAGACCGAGGGGUGGGAACGCUGUCUUCUCUCUCAAAUCCGGCCGCUGCCGUCAUUGUCGGCUGCUGGAUUCCGCGACAGUCAAGGUGUCAAGGGUGGUGCGUUGGACGGCCAUGGUGGGAGAGACGUCAUGGCUCGUCGGAUCAUCU